ACCAACACGGACCGUGUUUGUGACGGACAACAACAAGACGGGAAAGCAAAGCACUAGCAAUUGACUGGAUACUUGUCUCUACUGAAUUAUUAUUAUUGCUUAAAAAUUGAUUGUCAUCCAGACCCUUGUGGUUUAAGGGUUUCAGUAUACGUAUAAAUGUCUGAUGCACCAGGACUUCCUAAAAGAGACGAAGAGGAGGAGGAGGUUACACCCGAACCAGAGGACCAAUCAGACGACAGCAGUGAGGAAGAGGCUGCUGGAGACACGGACAUGGACUUCCUGCGCAACCUCUUCUCCAGCACCCUGGGCCUCGGCUCAGCAGACAAAGUUCUGGAUGAGCUGACUCUGGAUGGAGUGGCGAGAUACAUAAACAGCGGCAAAUGUAAAAACAUUAUCUGCAUGGUUGGAGCAGGAAUAUCCACGUCUGCUGGGAUCCCAGAUUUCCGCUCGCCAGGAACUGGACUGUACGCAAACCUGCAAAAAUAUAACCUACCUUACCCGGAAGCCAUCUUCCAGAUAGAUUAUUUUAAGAAACAUCCAGAGCCUUUUUUUGCCUUGGCAAGAGAGCUUUACCCAGGACAGUUCAAGCCGACUAUCUGUCACUACUUUAUGAAGAUGUUGAAGGAGAAGGGGAUCCUGAGACGCUGCUACACACAGAAUAUUGACACCCUGGAGCGGGUAGCCGGCCUUGAAGGGGAGGAUCUGAUCGAAGCCCACGGAACCUUCUACACUUCUCACUGUGUCAGCUUCUGUUGCCGAAAGGAAUACAACAUGGACUGGAUGAAAGAAAAAAUCUUUUCUGAUGACAUUCCCAAAUGUGACAAGUGCAGCAGCUUGGUCAAACCAGAUAUCGUCUUCUUUGGAGAGAAUCUGCCCGUUCGUUUUUUUACUUCCAUGAAGAUGGAUUUCCCUCGCUGUGAUCUUCUCAUCGUCAUGGGGACGUCUCUGCAGGUCCAGCCAUUUGCAAGCCUUGUCAGCAGGGUUUCAAAAAGUUGCCCCAGACUGCUAAUUAACAUGGAGAAAGCAGGGCAGGCUGAUCCUCUAUUUGGGCUGCUUGGUUUUGGAGGAGGGAUGGACUUUGACUCCGACAAGGCUUACAGAGACGUAGCUCACAUCAGCACAUGCGAUGACGGAUGUUUGGCUCUGGCUGAGCUGUUGGGAUGGAAGGCAGAGCUGGAAGAGUUGGUGAAGCAGGAGCACGCCAGGAUCGACAGUCAGGGCAAGAAGGAAAAGGCCGGUGAGGGCAAAGGGGCCACAGCCGCGGCUGGUUCCGCAUCAGCGGCACCAGAGCCCAAAGCAGAGGAGUAAUAACGAAAAGUUGCCAGUCUGACUAAAGCUACUGAAGUGACGGCACAGUUUGGAGUUGGCUGUAAGAGAGAGGUUAUGAUUCAAAGUUGUUUGUUUUUUUUGCAGAAGUAAAGCUUUGACGUGUGUCCGUCACACUACUUUUACACAUACGUAAUUCCUCUGAAAAAACUCCAAGACUGCUGGCGUACCUGCUUUACUGUUGUCUCUUUACGUCGUUAGCACUUUAUUUUUUGAUCGUAAUCACUUCUUUUUAUUUUUGCAUUUGCUUACAUCCUUCCCGUCUGUAUAUUUUUUACUCAAUUUUGCCACUGUCCAGACCCUUGUUUGUCUUUCUACAUUGUGACAACAUGUUUGCAGACAAUGUGGAGGGUGGUAACUAACGCCAAAACUGCUCCAGAUUCUACUACACUGCAUAAAAUCUGAAAUGGCGUCUCCUAAACAGCUCAUACACACUUCUGAUGAAGUGAUUUAAACACUUUAUUAGCCAAUUAAUUUAUUUCGGUCUAGAUUGAAAGUCUAAUUAUCAUAAGGUGUGGUGGGUGGUAGAUGUAAAUAUGACGACUAGUGGUGAUUUGGAACUCCUAAAAUGCCUUUAAGUUUUACUUAACAGUGUUUUUCAUGUUGACCAUCUGCUCCUGUCUGGUUGUCACCAUGUUCUAGUCGGCCCUCAGUUGAUUUUGCUUUACAAAUCUAUGGGGACAGACUACACAAGAAGGAUAAACAGACACACGUGACUAACGUAAUGUAUAAUUUAAUAUAAGAAGAAACUGUUUCAUGGUUUUCAACUAUCUGGGAUGAGCUGCAAGAGUAUGAAGUGUCGCAUUAACAAUUAAAAAUUGCUGGGGUGGGCGCAGUAACAUUAAUAUCUGUACCAUACUAUGGAAACUAAUCCUAUCCUGCAAUAAAUUUUACAUUUGUAAAGCUGAAUAUA